ACCCUGAAGCCAUGGAGUACACAGGCAGCAGUUACAUCGGGGACUAUCACAAUGGCAGGAUGGAGGGCAAUGGGGUGUAUACGCUGCCAACAGAAACAAGAUAUGAGGGAGGAAUGAAAGAUGGCAUGUUUCAUGGCAAUGGAACCCUAUACUUUCCAAAUGGAAGCAAAUAUGUCGCUUCCUGGGACAGAGGUGCUGUAAUACAGGGUAGCUACAUAUUUGCAGAUGGAUUGGAAUAUGAAGAAGAUGACUGGACAUAUUGUGAUCACUAUGACAGACGCUUUUACACUGAAAUAUGUCAUGGAUUGAAACCAGCAGGUCGAUCUCAACUCACAAACCUGGAUCCACCUAGAACAAUUCCAGAAGGACAUUAUGAUUGUGGUGAUGGCUUUUAUAACCCAUUAACCAGAGUAAUCACUGGUUACGAUGGUGAAUUUCUUCGUAAUGCUGAUGAUGAUGAGCAUGAAUGGAUAGUCCGGACCUGUCGGAAGGGUUGGGAUCAGAUAACGGGAUACAAGCCUGAACUGCACCAGCAACAACUACCCAGAUACUCUUCAUGAUUGAGGGUGAACAUAUGGUACCCAUGAUAAUGCCUCACUGUAUCCUCAUU